UAUAGCAAAGAUGGCGGCGACCUCAGUAGGACGCGUUUUGACACUUUGCAGACAGUUUCAAAACGCUUUUAGGAUUUCUACAUCGUUAGCCGUCCAACAGUCUGCUCUCACUUUGACCAAAUCUCAGGCUUAUCUUGAUAGGUUAACGUAUCCUCUUUUGAGCUCAAAUUGGCACUGUCAUUUUGGCCAGUGUCGGCCUCUGCACACUACCAUCAGCAGAAGAGGACUUGAGGAGUUUUUCGACAUACCUGAAAACUGGGGGGAGCCAACAGUGAAGUCAGGAGCACCAUGGACUGCCAAGCAACUAAGGACGAAAAGUAAUGAAGACUUACAUAAGCUCUGGUAUGUGCUCCUGAAAGAGAAGAACAUGCUGCUUACCAUUGAGCAGGAGUCCAAAAGGCAAAGAAUUCAGAUGCCAAGUCCAGAGCGCCUAAAGAAGAUCGAAAGGUCCAUGAAGAGACUAGACACAGUGGUGAAGGAGAGAGAAGACGCCCUCCGCCUGCUACAGACAGGCCAGGAGAGAGCAAGACCUGGGGCCUGGAGAAAGGACAUCUUUGGACGGGUCUACUGGUACCGGUUUAGAGAGCAUGCCCUUCCUUGGUACAUGAACAAGAGAUACAAACGCAAACGUUUCUACACACCCUUAUUUGUCACCCCCCACAUAAGGCUUCGUCUAGAGAAACACCUCCGUGCUAAGACCAGAAUACAGAACAAGGAGAGAGAAAAACAAACUGUACUCCAGGAGAAGUUUCCCCAAAUGAAGGCCCAGUCAUCAUGAAGACUUUCAUUGACCAAGAAACAUUCACCCUCCUGCAAUUCACAUUGGAGCAUGUGACUGUAUCCCCUGUUUUUUUUGCAUAAACGUGUCUGUCAUCAGCUUUUAUUUAAUGUACUUUUUCAUGUUGGUAAACUGGCAUUUAUGUCUUCCUCUGUAUCAUGAUGCCUUGAUUAUGGUUAUUCAUAUUAAAGUGAUGUACAGACACUGUGUGCCAUAUUUUAAACCACAUAAUUCAAAAUGUGUUCUUGAACAUAACUAAAAUUGUUUAUGUCGAAAGAUAGCUCCAAUAAAUUGUAGGUAAAUAAAUAUUCUGAUAUACCAGCAAUUGUCA